AAAUUAAUACAGUACAUGUGCGAAAAAGCGGUAACAUGAAGAGAUGGUUGUUUGUAAAAACAAAAGGGAUGCACACCUGGCUUUAAAUCAAAUAACAAACUACCGCAACCACUUAGACAGUGAAAAAGAUGGUUUACUGGUUCAAGCCCUUAAUCGGUUGAUGAAUGUGUUUCAAAGUAGAUUGUUUUUAGGUCUACUUGAUAUACAAGAAUUUUAUGAAGCUAUUCUAUUAGAUCCACAAAAAUCAAAAGAAGAGAAAACAUCAGCCGCUCUUGAAAUCGCAUCAAGGUGGGAAAAUAUAUCAAGUCCAUCAUUGGUGGCCUCUACAACUGACUUGAGAAUACCGCAUAGUUUAUUGAAGAAAACAGAUUGUUUUGACAGAGCACGCUCAAUGUACCAUAUUAACUUGGAUAACUCACAAAAGUCUUAUUCAUUACAACCUACUCAAAUAUCACCGUAUCAUGAUCAACAUGUGGUCAACUUGGACAAAUCAUGGAAGCAUAUGGAACCAGAUCUAAAAUAUGAAUAUCAAUCAUCUAAUUCGUCACAUAAUGUAAAUCAGUCACCAUCAUUGGAGAAUACGUCAGAUAACCGACUAAAAAGAAAUACUGAUACUGAAUUUAUAACAGAAAAUCCUCAUUUUGUUGACGAUCGUUCUAAUAAGAAACUAUAUGAUAUAAAAUUGUCACCUGAUAUUCCGGUGGCGAAACCACGUCAAAAACGUUUAAAACGACCGAAAUCAACUUUGACUCAUGAAUUUGAUGCUAGAUUGUCUAGAAAAUUAGAUGAAAGUACUUGUUCAAAUGAUCUUUUGUCUAUUCAUGAUGACAUUCCACCAAAUAAUCUUGAAAAUGAUGAAUUUAGUGACAGACAAUGGGCUUUACUCAGUCGUUUGCCUGUUACUAUGGAAGUUAUUAUUGAAAAAAGUUCUAAAGGAUUUGGAUUUAGUAUUGCAGGUGGACAUGACAACACUUUGGGUCCAGAUGAUAAUGAUACCGAUAUUUAUGUGACACGAGUUAAUCCUGGUGGUCCUGCAGAUCAUGAAUCAGGUUUACAAUUUGGUGACAGAAUAUUAUCAGUCAAUGGUAUUAGUCUUAUUGGUGCUACACAUAAUGAAGCAGUUAAAGCUUUGCAACUGGCUGGUUCCAAAUUAAAAUUGAUAGUUGAACGUAAAGCAGAACUAGCUAUUUCUGAACAAUAUUCACUGAUGUCUUGUUCUUCGUCCUAUUCUCAUUCUAAACCUCUGAUAAAUCCUACGAAACAUAUUAUGAAAACAUCACCGACAACUGUUCAACAGUCAAAUUAUCAGCCAUCUUUAUCAAAUCAAUCAUUAAAUGCACAUAAUAUUGAAUCGUUAGCUAGUACAAGAACAGGCAGUGCAGGAGGAGCGAAAAGUAUUGAAUAUGGUGCAAGUAUAACAACAACUAGUUUGAUAAGCGGAUCACUAUUUGAUCAUAAAGAUAGUAAGCAUACACUGAACUCAACAAUAACAACUUCGACAAACAAACUACCACAUAAAUCAACCAGUGUUCAUGUAUCACCUUCAAUGACUGAAGUUAUUGUUGAACCAAAGCAUCAAAGGUCUAGUAACGUUAACAAACCACCAAACGAUUCCAAUAAUGCUACAAUACAAAAUAAUCAAAAAGGUAGUCAAACUAGUAUGAGACAGACUAGUACUGGUUCAAGAUUAUCUAGACGCGGGGUGGCAUGCGCUGGAUUUCCAGCUUUUUCUUGGUGCAGUGGUUUACAACGCGUAACUGUUGGUUGUGCAUCACUGGGCCGUGGCCAUCAUAGUCUCCAAGGAAGUAGUAAAAACUCUAGCCAACAAAAGUUAACUGGAAAUACAAAAUCUCAAAGAUCCGUCCAAUCUAAUGAAUUUACAAAUCUUGGCACCAGACCUACACCCCCUCCAAAACCUGGUCCACUUAUUGUGGAAGUAUUUCUCACUAGAGGGACAAAAAGUGGUUUAGGAUUCAGUAUAACUGGUGGUGUUGGAAAUGAGACAGUCAAUGGUGACUCAGGAAUAUUUGUAACUAAGCUUACUCCUGGCGGUGUUGCAGAAACAGAUGGUCGAAUUCGUAUAGGUGAUAGAAUUGUUCAAGUAAAUGAUGUACCACUUAUUGAUUUAACUCAUGAACAAGCAGUCCGUGUUUUAAAACAAGCUGGUGAUCAGGUUCGACUUGUUCUAGUAAAAUAUGUAAAUAAUUAUUCAUCACAUCAUACUUCGUCAACAGAAAUAAAAACUGAAUCCAAUGCACUUAAUGAUCAGGAUGUAAUUAUUUGUAAUAAUGAUUUCAGUGGUAAAAAUAGUUAUGAUGAUAAUAACGUUGAACCUACAUGUUAUACUAAAUCGCGUUCAUCAUCAGUAUCUUUAUCGUCAAUUCGUCGAUCGGCUUCCUUUUCUCCUUCCACUUCAUCUCAUACGUCUCCACUUUCAGAACCAUCUGUACAUAGUUCUUAUCAUGCUGAAUCAUCAUCCGGUCAUCCAGUGGAGUCUGAUGUAAAUAAACAAAACGAACAGAAUAGAUAUGAACAAUCAUCUUCGGUAAUUUCACAAUCAAAACAAGAUCGUAAUUUAAGUCAUAACGAUCAAAAUCAUGCUAAUCGUCGCCGUCAAUCUGGGACUACAAAAAAUAUUCAUUCAUCAUCUGCAAUACCUAAUCACCGGUAUCGUUCUUCACCAGAUUUAUCAAUUGAAAAGUGUAAUAAAUCACAACUAAACGAAACCGUCACAACAACAAAUAAUCCAUGCUUUGGUGCAACUGGUCAAGAAUUACUAGAAAAUAGAAUGGUUGGUAUAAUUGAUUAUGCAGCGGCUGCUUCAGUGUCCAACUUACUUAAUGAAUGGCCAAAUGCUCGUUUAGUUACAUUGUAUCGAAGUGGUCGUAAACGAAUUACUUCUAUGAAUAGAAAUCAAACAGAUAUUUCUGAUAUAAUUCAACGUGGAUAUUCAUCAAAUAGUGGAAGAAAUCUUGGUUUAAAUAUUGUUGGUGGUGAUGGUUCAGAAGCAACAUUUAUUUCUCAUAUACAACCUGAUAAACCUGCUGGCCUAUCAAAAAGGAUAUUGGUUGGUGAUCGAUUGUUAACAGUUAAUGGCAUUGAUGUCGCUAAGUAUGGGCACGAGAAAGCGGCAGCAGCUUUACGAGAUGCGCGUGAUCGUGUUGAUCUUCUUCUAGUCUAUAGUCCUGAAGGUAAGCUUAUUUUACAUCACAGUAUAAGUUGAGCUAUUUUAGGCUUAUUAAGCAGAGUUCAUUCAAAUUUGACAUAAUAAAUGUUUACACUUUAUGAAUUCUUGUUCUAAAAAUUACUUUCACAAAUUUAAACAAAGUAUCGAAAACAAUGUUUGCAGAAUGCGAUGAAGUCAUUUCUCAGGCAUGUAUGAGCUAAUCGUUUUAGUGAAUGAAAGAUAUUUUUUUCGUAGAAUUUCCAUAAAUUAAUAGUUUUUUGAAAGACAUGAACCAACACUUCGUUAAUGAGUUACGUAACGUAAUCGUCAGAUCAUAUAUAGAAUAUAAGAAUAAUUAGAAAUUUGAUGUACGCAUAAACUUUAUAUAUUAUUAUCAUGUAUUCAUUACUACAAUCGAUUAUUUGAACCAUUGAAUUGUGAGACUUUCUAAGCGUAGUUGAAGAAACUUUCGAUUAUUAAGAAUCAUUGGUCACUAUUAAAAGUUCUCUAGAAAACCUCACUUACCCAACUGGCCCCAUUAUGAAGGUGAUCGGUGGGGUUCAAUAGGCUCAAAAGGCUAGGUAGCAUGAUAUUAAUUACUAUUUAAUGGCUGUUCAAUAUUUUAAAAACACGAAGUUCAGCAAAUGGACCUCUUUUUAACGAAUUCAUUAUCAAGCUGUACAAUCGUAUAUAUAUGAAAUUUUUUUGUUAAAGUACAAGUUCCGUGAGGAAAUGUGAACAAGUAAUAAUAGAAGGAUUAUAAUGGUAGAUUACAUGACACGAAUAAUAACAUUAGACUUAAUAAGUUAGUAACGAAUUAUAACAUGAACGUAGUAAAAUGAACAAAAUGAUUUUGUUGCAAUAAUUAAAGGUCAUAGUGGUGUAAAAAAUAGUUAAAAUUAUGUCAUGAGCACUGCUGAAGAGUCCCACAGUAGGACGAAACGGGCGUACAGUGAUUUAAGGUUUUCCAUGGUGGUCUAACUUCAGUUAACUCAUGAUCUCAACUAUUAAAAUUACUAUAAUAUCCACAAAACCCGUUCUGAUGUUAAUUAUGAACAAAAUAAUGAGAAUAUGAGACGUAGGUAAAGGGAGGUAUGCAGUAAUAAUAAUAAUUACGGCCGAAGUAACGAUAACAAUAGGACGUAUUUCUUUUGUACGCAUAGUUCUGCCUUGAGCUCAUGGAUGCGAAGAGCUUCGGUUAUUUUUAGGAAUUGGAUACGAAGAAAUCUGAGUAGAUUUAGACGAAUCGUAUAUACAAUCUUAAAAUCAAACUGUGGAUCAGUAAAAUGUUUACAGUCGAUUAGAUGUUCAAGUAUGGAACUCCUAAUGCUUUCCUUUCACCCUUGUAGAACCACACUUGGUCAUGUUCCCGUAUCCGAUUGUACGAUUGUGCAGCCUGAUAAUAAAUUCGUUGAAAAGGGAUCCCUUGCUUAACUUCGUGGUUUUAAUGUUUAAAUAGUGAUUAUCUGUUGAAUAUAUGCCUAAGUUGUCUAAUAUAUCUUCUCUAGGUCGGUUGAAUUCAUUCACUUGAUAAAUGAUAGAUUUAUUCAGUAGCAGUCAAUAUUACUUUGUUAUGAUAAAAUACGUAAAAUAAUGUCAAGUUCCUCUUACAUUUAAUGUGUUGUGUCACAUCGAACUCUUUAUUGAUAAUACUGACCAUUAAUUAUCGAAAAAGACAAAUCAUUCUUAUCGGUUAGCUUUCCGUAUCAAAAUACUUUUUAAGACGAUAUUUCUAUAAAUUUUAACGAGCCAUUUUGAAAUAACUACUUUGUGUACAUACAUAUGCAAAUAAUAACUAGACAAUAGUUCUAUUUAUAUCUCAUCCGUUUUAUCAUUUUAGACCAUAUGGUUAUGCAUUAAUGGACAUUACUCUUUUCAUAUCUAAUAUUUAGUUUUGUACACUUAUGUAUUUGUUUACUUAUUUAUUGUAAUCACUGUCUUCUCAUAUUAUUUGUGCAUAAAAUCAGUAUGAUGUAACCACUGAUAAUUCUUUUUGAUGUUGAUACUAAUAAUAAUAAUAUCACUACUGAUAUUAAUAAGAAUGGUACAUUUGCUAACUUUUAUGAUGAUAAAAGUAGAAGGGGGAAAUAUUUGUUAUUGGUCUGACUUUAAUUAUCAUUCAGUUUCAUCAAUCAUUCAUCUGGUCUACAAAAAUGUAAAUUUCGAUAUAGCAAAAGGAAGCAUAAAAUAAUAAAUCUUAAUCAGAUCAAAAAGUUCUACUGAAUUCUUUGGAGAAAUAAUUUUUUUACAAUAUGUAUACAUCAAAUAGAAUUUAU